AUGCUCAAAGCUGAAAACACUCAAGUUGUAAAACUUCUGGAGAAGAUAAAGGAGAUGAUGGAAAGAAACAUGUCAUUAAUAGCCACAUUUAUCUAAAUGGUUAGUGUCAAUAAAUAACCAUAUUGCAACAUGUUCAUUGUCAAUUAACUUGUCUCAACAGCAGCAAGUGUUUCAAAAAAAAUUUCUGUUUUGUGCCUACUUACCCAACCCUAAACUGAGUCAUAUGGCUUCCAGCACUUAAUCUCUUGGGAUCUGAGCGCAGGACGGUACUGCUGGGAAAGACUAAAGCUUUGAAGAACGUAGCAGGAAACAUCAUCCUGGCCAGAGAGGCGUUUGGAGCUACUGGAGGACGAACUGCACAUUGUGAGAAGAAGUUGGGUGAGGUGGCAGGUCGCAGCUAACUAGUCGACACACCAGGCUGGAGGAACAGAUCAAUCCAAUAAACCCCAAACUUGGAUAAGUGGGAAAUAGUGCAUAGUGUGUCAAUGUGUUCUCCAGGGCCCCAAGCUUUUCAUUUGGUCAUUCCACUUAAUGACUCAUUUUUAGAAACAACGGAGAGCAGUAGUGGAACACAUGGAACUACUCGGUGAAAACAUUUGGAGACACACGUUAGUGCUGUUCACUACAGAGAACCCACUAGAGGACAUAAAGCAGUGGGCAUUAAGCAUGGAAAGAGAAGGGAAGGCUCUCAAGUCACUCUUGAAACAGUGUGAGCAAAGGCAUCGUGCUGAACUUUAAGAAAUGGAAUGAUCUCCCUCAGAUCACAGAGCUUCUGAGGAAGGUGGAGAGGAUGGUGAUAGGAAACAGUAUUACAGUAUGAGCCAAGACAGCAGGUUUUACAAGACCUUGAAGAGAGCAGCGAUUGACAGAGGGAAACGGAGGAUGUUGAAAGUGCAAGAGCAACGAAAUAUGAUCAAAGAAAAUGGUAAGAACAUUGCAGUCGACCCACAUGACUACUGUGGUCUUUGA